GCCGAGGCGCAGGCGGGGAACAAGAUGGCGGCCGGCGGCGAUCCGGAGCGGGGCGCCGGCGAUUCGCGUUGAGCCGCGGCCCGCUCGGCCCGGCCCCCCCCCCGCCCCGGGCCCGCGCCCGCCGCGGGGCGCGGAGCUUGCCCGUAGCCGCCUGUCCGGACUCCGAGCGCCCUCCCGAGCCGCCCUUCCCCUCCCUUCCCCCUCGGCCAGCGCCCAGCGAUGCGGGGCCGGCGCGGCAGGCCGCCCAAGCAGCAGCAGCCGGCGGCGGCCGCCGCUCCGGCGAGCUCCCCGGCCCCGGCGGGCCCCAUCGGCGGGCUGCGCUCCCGGCAGCGCGGCAGCAGCCGCGGCAGGUGGGCGGCCGCGGCCCAGGCGGAGACGGCGGGGCCCAAGCAGAAGGGAGCCGGCGCUGCCCAGGCCUCGUCGCCCGCCGCCGCCUCGCCCAGGGGGGGCGGCAAGAGGAAGGCGGGCGGCGGCGGCAGCAGCACCCCCGGUGGGGGAGGCAGCGGCGGUAAGGGCAGGGGCAGGGCCGGGGCGGCAGGAGCAGGGGGAGGAGGAGGCGCAGGAGGCAGCUGCAACAGCCAAGGCAGGGCUGCCUCGUCCAGGAGGAGCAUCAGCAAAGUGGUGUACGACGAUCAUGAGAGCGAGGAGGAGGAGGAAGAGAGCAUGGUGUCCGAGGAGGAGGACGAGGGAGACCCCGAGGAUAACCAGGACUCCGAGGAGGAAGAGGAGGAGGAGAUAAUGGAGGAGGAGGACGACGACGACUCUGACUACCCCGAAGAGAUGGAGGAUGAAGACGAUGCCAGUUAUUGCACUGAGAGCAGCUUCAGGAGCCACAGCACCUACAGCAGCACCCCAGGUAGGAGAAGACAAAGAGCACAUCGUCCUCGUUCUCCAAUAUUGGAAGAAAAAGAUAUCCCACCCUUGGAGUUUCCUAAAUCCUCAGAGGACUUAAUGGUGCCUAGUGAGCAUAUAAUGAAUGUUAUUGCCAUCUAUGAGGUACUAAGGAACUUUGGCACUGUUUUGCGCCUCUCUCCUUUUCGUUUUGAGGACUUCUGUGCUGCUCUGGUAAGUCAAGAGCAGUGCACACUUAUGGCAGAGAUGCAUAUAGUGCUGUUAAAGGCAGUUUUACGUGAAGAAGACACUUCAAAUACUACCUUUGGACCUGCUGACCUCAAAGAUAGCGUUAAUUCCACUUUGUAUUUCAUAGAUGGAAUGACGUGGCCAGAGGUUCUGCGGGUAUAUUGUGAGAGUGACAAGGAAUACCAUCAUGUUCUUCCUUACCAAGAGACUGAGGACUAUCCUUAUGGACCAGUAGAGAAUAAAAUCAAAGUUCUGCAGUUCUUAGUGGAUCAGUUUCUUACCACAAACAUUGCACGCGAGGAGUUAAUGUCAGAAGGUGUUAUUCAGUAUGAUGAUCAUUGUAGGGUUUGUCACAAACUUGGGGAUUUGCUUUGCUGUGAGACUUGCUCGGCUGUGUACCACUUGGAGUGUGUGAAACCCCCUCUGGAGGAGGUGCCCGAAGACGAGUGGCAGUGCGAGGUCUGCGUGGCACAUAAGGUGCCUGGAGUGACUGACUGUGUGGCUGAAAUCCAAAAAAACAAACCGUACAUCCGACACGAGCCCAUCGGAUACGACCGGCAUCGGCGGAAAUACUGGUUCCUGAACAGGAGAAUCAUCAUAGAGGAAGAUUCAGAAAGUGAGAAGGAUAAGAAAGUCUGGUACUACAGCACAAAGAUCCAGCUGGCAGAGUUGAUUGAAUGCCUGGACAAGGAUUACUGGGAAGCUGACCUAUGCAAAACCCUGGACGAGAUGCGUGAAGAAGUUCAUCGGCACAUGGAUGUGACAGAAGACCUUACAAACAAAGCAAGGGGCAGCAACAAGUCUUUCCUUUCUGCAGCAAAUGAUGAAAUUUUGGACAUUAUCAGAGCAAGAAAAGGAGAAAUAGUGGAAGAUAAAAACACAGGAGAUGAUGAAGCAGAAAAGGCCAAAAGUGAUGUUGAUAAUGACCAGACAGAUGCUGAGAGAGACAAGGAAGAAUCUGGAGACCAGGAUAAAAUUGAGGAAACACACAGUGAGCAAGAUGUGGAAAAAGAGAAAACAGAAGAGGCAGCAGACGUUGGGGAUAAAAGUAACUCUGUGACCUCAAGCACUGAUGACAGCACCACAAAUCCUUCUGCAGGAGAGAAUAGUUGCUCUGAAGGGAAGGACGCAGUGGGGUGUCAGUCAGAAACCCUUGAUAGCAACAACGUGGCAGAGAAGAAGGUGGCAUCAGAGCUCCCUCUGGAACUCUCAGAAGAAACUGGUCAGAUGAUCCCCAGCAGUGGUUCUGCUGCACCUCCACAGGCAGAUGUUGAGAACAGCAGUGGCAGUGAGCACAACGACUCCAUUAAGACUCUUGAUGAUGCUGAAAAUGCAGAGGGAGGAUCCCAGGCUUCAGAGGAUAUAGGAGAGAAAUCCAAUGGUGACAGAAGUGAUUCUCCAGGUGCAGGGAAAGGCACGCCAGGCUCGACACGGAUGCUCACCAGAUUGAGAAAUCCAGACAGCAAACUGAGCCAGAUGAAAAGCCAGCAGGUUGCUGCUGCAGCAAAUGAAGCAAAUAAGUUAUAUAAAGAAACCAGAGAGGUUCUAGUGGUCAACUCUCAAGGCGAAAUCUCCCGAGUGAGCACCAAGAAGGAUGUUGUGAUUAGAGGAAAUAUGAACAACUAUUUCAAGCUGGGGCAGGAGGGGAAGUACCGUGUUUAUCACAAUCAAUAUGCCACCAAUUCCUUCGCUCUGAACAAGCACCAGCACAGGGAGGACCACGACAAGAGGCGACACCUCUCACACAAAUUCUGCCUGACUCCAGCUGGAGAGUUCAAGUGGAACGGGUCUGUGCAUGGCUCCAAAGUUCUCACCAUAUCCACCCUGAGGCUGACCAUUAUUCAGCUAGAAAACAAUAUCCCAGCAUCCUUCCUUCACCCUAAUUGGGCUUCCCACAGGUCUAACUGGAUUAAGGCUGUUCAGAUGUGCAGCAAACCCAGAGAAUUUGCACUAGCACUGGCUAUAUUGGAGUGUGCAAUCAAACCAGUUGUCAUGCUGCCCAUCUGGCGGGAAUCCUUGGGGCAUACGAGAUUACGCAGAAUGACAGCAAUAGAAAGAGAAGAAAAGGAGAAAGUGAAAAAAAAAGAGAGAAAACAAGAAGAAGAAGAAACAAUGCAGCAAGCUACAUGGGUGAAAUACACAUUUCCUGUCAAACACCAGGUUUGGAAGCAAAAAGGAGAGGAAUAUAGAGUAACAGGAUAUGGUGGCUGGAGCUGGAUUAGUAAAACCCAUGUCCACAGGUUUAUGCCCAAACUACCAGGAAACACCAAUGCAAAUUACAGAAAAUUGUUAUCAACAAAGAGCGAAGAUGAAAAAUGCACCUUGGAUAAACGAAAAGGUCCAACUAAGGUAAAAACAGAGAAAGACAAAGGAAAGGAUUCUCGAGAUCUGCAAGCAAAAGACAAAGCAGAUGUUUCAGAAACCUUGGAGAAAGUACAAGUAAAAGAAGAAAAGUUGCAUGAAGACAAAUUAGAAGUUGACACAAUUUCUGAAAACUUAGAUCAUGCAAAAGACACAGUGGAAAAAGACAUCGAUGGUGAAAAUGAUAAAGUCAUCAAAGAAGAACCUAUGGAUGUGGAUGAUGUGAAAAUUGAAUCCUCCACAAAAGAUGAAGAAAGUCAUUGUAAACGGGAUAUAAUCAAUGUCAGUGAGGGAUUUCAUUUAAGGACUUGCUACAAAAGGAAAGUAAAAUCAUCAAAAUUAGAUGGACUCCUGGAGCGGCGAAUCAAACAGUUUACACUGGAAGAAAAACAGCGUCUAGAAAAGAUUAAGCUGGAGGCUGGUGCUAAAAUUGGGGGCAUUCGAUCUGUGAGCCCCCAGAAAAACACAGAUGAGCUACAAAUGAGGAAAGGAAAAGAAGGAAUCCAGUUUGACUCUUCUUCCCAAGAUCAAAGCUGCAUUUCAGACAAGACCCAAGCUGAAGACAUGGCACAAGACUGUUUGCCCAUCAGCAGCAUGUCCUCUACCAAAACUGGGGAUGAAGAUGAAAAUUCCUUGCCUGUGUCAAACAAAAUCUCAAAAGAGGGGCAGCUGCUGGAUGAAGACUCCCCUCAGUCAUCUGAAGGAGACAGCUCUAUUCAGAAUGAUGGCAGAGAAAACAACCCCAAACCUUCGACUGCUGAUGAGUGUCAAGGACAAGAGGCUCUUGGAGAGUCUGAGAGCUCUGCAGUGGAUGGUUUGAAACAAACCAGUCCAGGAGGCAGAAUCAAAUGGGAUGUUUCAGAAACAAAUGAAAAACCCUUGAAACAAAAGCUACCUAUUAACAGAGUGUCUCAGCGAGAACUUGAAAACUUAGGGCCAGUGGUACCUGAAAGCAGCUGUAGAAGAGAUGCUGUGGCCACUCUUGAAAAACCAGACUCAGAAGGGAAUUCUGAACAGCAAAGCAAAGAUCCAGAAAACAAUUGUGUGAUAAAAAGCCAUAUGGAAACCAUGUCCUCUCAAGAAAGUGAAAUGGAGGAAGAAAUUGCUCCUGUAAAGACUGAAAGUAAAUCUGAAAAGAUGGUAUUUCACCAAAAAUCAGUUAAUAAAGAUCCAGAAUCAUUUAAAACAGGGCUGAUUACUGAAAGAAACCUUGAAAGUCAAACUCUGGGCCAUAUGGAUGGGGAAGAUGAUAAUGAGGAUUUACUGAGCUCUAAACUAACAGAGGCCAAUGGUCAAAAGAAAGGUCAGGAGCUGAAAGUGGAGACAGGUACUAUGAACAAAUAUCUUGAUCAGACAAAUGUAAAUACUGUUACUGACAAAAAGAAUAAUAAAGAUGAAGAAACUGAGGCAGAAAAAGAAAAAUCAUCGUUUCAAAUGAAUGGAAAAGACAAUGACAUUAAAGCAUUACCAAAUGAUGACUGCUUAGUGAAAAAUACCUGUGAAGCUAAGGCAGGAGGUGAUGUUGAACCAAAAGUUAAUAACAUUAAUAAAUCCUUUCCAGAACAUGAAAUAAAACCAUUGACUUUUAAGGAAUCUUCAAUAAAACCAUUCAUGAAUGGUGACAUCAUGGGGGAGGACACAAAGGAUAAAAAGAAUGUGGACUCAAAGUCACGUCUGCAGAGUUCACCUGAGUCUGGAGAGAGUCUCCAGCCACCAGAUGAAGUUCCCAAGUAUGUACAGAAAACUGAAGAAAACCAGCUUUCUCCUGAGAGAUCUGCCAGUGCUGCCUCUGCUUCCCCAUCAACACAGCCUGUCUGUAAAGAAAAUAACCUGAACAGUGAAACAGAAUCUAUGGAAACUGAAGCAACUGAGGAGAAGAAAGUUGCUCCAUCGCCUGUAACUUCGUGUGAGGAAUCCAGCUUGAGUGGUCACUUUGCUGACCGGAAUGGGAUACAGGCAUAUAAAAUGGAAAAUAUUAAUGGAGAAAGUAAAAUAAAAACUGUUAUUACUGAGGUGACUACCACAACCUCAACUGUGUCCACGGAGUCCAAGACGGUGUUUAAAGUCACAGAGACUGGAGCUAUCAGCAAUGAGAAAACCACAGUUGUUUCCUCUACAGAAAACUGUGCCAUCUCCACUGUCACCACCACCACCACUGUGACAAAGCUCACUGCUCCAGCCACAGACAGCAACUCUGAUGUCAUCUCUGUCCAGGAGCACAGUAAAACCGUGGUUACAACAACAGUCACCGAUUCACUCACCACCCCAGAAGGCACUUUGGUGACUUCCAUGACUGUCAGCAAAGAAUAUUCCACAAAAGACAAAGUGAAGUUAAUGAAAUUUACAAGACCCAAGAAAACUCGUUCUGGAACUGCCUUGCCAUCUUAUAGGAAAUUUGUUACCAAAAGCAGUAAAAAAAGCAUAUUUGUUUUACCCAAUGAUGACUUAAAAAAGCUGGCCAGGAGAGGAGGGAUCAGAGAAGUUCCUUAUUUCAAUUACAAUGCAAAGCCUGCCUUGGAUAUCUGGCCAUAUCCAUCCCCAAGACCAACUUUUGGGAUCACUUGGAGGUACCGACUCCAAACAGUCAAAUCAUUGGCUGGAGUGAGCCUGAUGUUGAGGUUAUUAUGGGCAUGUCUCAAGUGGGAUGAUAUGGCAGCAAAAGCUCCACCUGGGGCAGGAACCACAAGGACAGAAACAACUGAAACUGAAAUUACAACAACAGAAAUAAUCAAGCGGAGAGAUGUUGGUCCGUAUGGGAUCCGGUCAGAGUACUGUAUAAGAAAAAUCAUUUGUCCCAUUGGUGUACCAGAGGCUCCAAAAGAAACUCCAACACCCCAGAGGAAGGGACUGCGAUCAAGUGCCCUCAGGCCAAAAAGGCCAGAAACACCCAAGCAAACAGGCCCUGUUAUAAUGGAAACUUGGGUAGCAGAGGAGGAGUUGGAACUGUGGGAGAUCAGGGCAUUUGCUGAAAGGGUGGAGAAGGAAAAGGCACAGGCAGUUGAACAACAGGCUAAGGUUAGUGAACAGAAGAAGGCAGAGGAGUUCAAGGCCCAAUUGGAGGCUCAGCUAAAACACCAACGUUUGGCUGCCCAGCAGAAGCGGCUGGAGCAGCAGAAGCAGAUCCCUGCAGGAGUUGUGGUCCCUGCAGCCACCACAGCCAGCAGCACUGCAACCACAGUCUCCACACCACAGAAAGUCGUGGUGGGCCCUCUGACAGGCCCUGUGCCCACGGGAACCAAAGUAGUGCUCACCACUAAAGUGGGGUCUCCAGCUACAGUAACAUUCCAACAGAACAAGAAUUUCCAUCAAACUUUUGCUACUUGGGUUAAGCAAGGCCAGUCUUCAACAGCCACUAGCACAGCUGCCACCUCAGCCACAACCAUUGCCAGCACAGGGCAGACCUUCCAGCUCUCAGGCAGCCCAGUAACGAUGGCAGGGAAAGUGAUAACUAAGCUGCCACUCCCUGCAAACAGCAAGAUUGUUGCCGUCAAUGUGCCAUCAACUCAAGGAGGUGUGGUUCAAGUUCAGCAAAAGGUAUUGGGUAUCAUUCCAUCAACUACAGGUGCAAGUCAAACCUUUACUUCAUUCCAGCCAAGGACAGCAACUGUAACCAUUAGGCCAAACACCACAGGAACGUUAGGAACAACAAGCACUUCACAGGUGGUGCAGGGGACACCGCUGCGCCCCGGGAUGACGGUGAUCCGGACACCCCUGCAGCAGCCCACCCUUGGCAAGACCAUCAUUCGAACACCUGUAGUGGUGCAGCAAGGUAUUCUGCCAGCCAGUCAGACACAGCAAGUGGUGACUCAAAUAAUCAGGGGUCAGCCUGUCUCAACAGCCAUUUCUAGUACCAGCACAGCUUCUUCCAGCACUGGGCAGAAAACCAUCACAAGUUCUGGAACAACCCCUCAACAAGUUCAGCCACAGACGCCAGCACCACCCCCUCGCCCUCAGCAGGGCCAGGUGAAGCUGACAAUGGCCCAGCUCACCCAGCUCACACAAGGACAGGGUGGCAGUCAAGGCUUAACUGUUGUAAUUCAGGGACAAGGUCAAACUACUGGUCAGUUACAAUUAAUCCCUCAGGGUGUGACUGUAAUACCUGGUCCAGGACAGCAGCUUAUGCAAGCAGCUAUGCCAAAUGGUACAAUUCAGAGAUUUCUGUUCACCCCACUACCAGCAGCUGCUACUACAGCUAGCACAACUACAACCACCGUUUCUACUUCAACCUCGGCUGCGGGGGAAGCGAAGGCGGCUCUGCAGGCGCCUCCGGCCCCGGCCGUGCCCGCGGGGCAGGGGCAGCCCCAGGCCCAGCCCGCGGCACCGCCCGCGGGGGCUCAGCCCCAGGGCGCGCAGCCCGAGGCCCCGAGCCAGCCCGAGCCUCCCGGCGACUCCGCGGCUGCCCCCGAAGCUCAGCCCUCCAAGUCUCCGGCUCAGUCUCCAGUCCAGGCUCCGGGGCUCCCUCCAGCGCCAGGCCCGAUGCAGCCGCCGCCCGCGGGCCUGCCCCCAGGCCAGGCCCAGGCUCAGCAUCCAGCUCAGGUGGUUAUGAAGCAGAAUGCUGUCAUAGAACAUUUGAAGCAGAAGAAGACACUGACUCCAGCUGAGAGGGAAGAAAAUCAGAGAAUGAUUGUGUGCAACCAAGUGAUGAAAUAUAUUCUGGAUAAGAUAGACAAAGAAGAAAAACAGGCAGCUAAGAAACGGAAGCGAGAAGAGAGCGUGGAGCAGAAGCGGAGCAAACAGAACGCGACCAAGCUCUCAGCUCUGCUUUUCAAGCAUAAAGAGCAGCUCAAAGCUGAAAUACUGAAAAAAAGAGCACUUCUGGACAAAGAUCUACAAAUUGAAGUGCAGGAGGAGCUAAAGAAAGACUUGACUAAAAUUAAGAAAGAGAAAGAGCGAGCCCAGGCAGCAGCUGCUGCUGCUGCAGCAGCCGCAGCCGCCGCGGCCACCGCCGCUGCCCCGCCACCGCCGCCACCAGUGCCACCAGCACCGCCACAGCUGCCAGCAGCCAGUGUCACCUCCUCCUCCUCCACCACGGUCCCCGUGCCAGUCUCCUCCCAGAAGAGGAAACGAGAGGAGGAGAAAGAUUCCUCAGCAUCCAAGUCCAAGAAAAAGAAAAUGAUUUCUACUACCUCAAAGGAAACGAAGAAGGACACAAAGCUUUACUGCAUCUGUAAAACGCCUUACGACGAGUCCAAAUUUUACAUUGGCUGUGACCGGUGUCAGAACUGGUACCACGGGCGCUGCGUGGGCAUCCUGCAGAGCGAGGCCGAUCUCAUUGAUGAGUACGUGUGUCCCCAGUGCCAGUCCACAGAGGAUGCCAUGACUGUGCUCAGUCCACUCACAGAUAAAGACUAUGAAGGCUUGAGGAGGGUCCUGCGCUCCUUGCAGGCUCACAAAAUGGCAUGGCCAUUCCUAGAACCAGUAGAUCCCAACGAUGCACCAGAUUAUUAUGGUGUUAUCAAAGAACCAAUGGACCUUGCUACUAUGGAAGAAAGAAUCCUGAAACGCUACUACAAAAAGGUCACGGAAUUUGUGGCAGACAUGACCAAAAUUUUUGAUAACUGCCGUUACUACAAUCCAAGUGACUCCCCUUUUUACCAGUGUGCAGAAGUGCUCGAGUCUUUCUUUGUACAGAAACUAAAAGGAUUUAAGGCAAGCAGAUUGUGAUAUCUUUAGUCUGAACUUUUUAACUGGAAUCAGAACUGGAUGUUGGGGUCACUUUAUUGUACAAUCCAAUGACAUUAAACAGCCCUAAAAGUCCAGAUAAUUUAUCUAAAAAGUAAAUGUUGUUUUUGUUGCCAGCAGUCACACUGGUGAACAUAACUGUAUUAACAAAAAACUGUUCCGUUCCUCAAAUACUGUAUUGAGAAAAAGGAAAAAUUAAUCAUGGAAACCUUGUAUUCUGUUGUUUUAGUUUAAGUCACUAAUAAAACUGUGAAUGUCAAAGAGGAGUUUUGCUGAACUCUGCUUAGGAAAAAUGUGAUUUUAACAUGCCUGUUAAGUUUUUUUUUCUAGUAAGUUAAUCCAAAGACUUAUUGAAUAAAUUUAAGCAAAGUAGAUCUUAUUAUAAAUAUUCACAACUAAAAAUGUCUUUUUGCUUUCCUUUUGAUGGACUACUAUUAUGUAAAUAUGUGAGUAAAACUGAUUUCAGGCGUUUUGGAAAAUCCCAGUGACACACUGCAUUUUACAAGUACUGAAAUAUUUGUAUUCUGGAGGAGAAAAUGGGCUUAAAAUUCAGAGCGAGAAUCACUAUUUUGUCUGAAGGGAAAAAAAAUAAAUGAAAGCAACAUGGUGGUAAUUCCCUCAUUGUGAUUUAUUUUUGGCAACACCUUGCAGCAACUGUGUUCUCCAAACUGAAGAGUGCUUAAUUCUUCACUUUCUUCUGUAUUCUGCAGGUCCCAUAACAACAAACUGCAGUCUACAGCUUCUUAGAGUUCAGCGUGUUAACCAAACACACGAGCAAGGAUCUGGUUGUCUGACAAUUUUUAAUUAAGGAGCCAGAUGUUUUUAGUCAGGUUAUCCUGACAAGACUUGAUGUAAACUGCGUUUUUAUUGGUCACAACAGUCAAAUAAUAUUCUUGGCUUAUUUUGUCCAAAGGACAAAGAAAUAAAAAUCAGCAGCACCACUUUCUUGUCAAGAUCAAAUUGUUGUACUAUUGUGGCAGAAGCAGGAAAACUUUGUUUUCUUGAAGGAGAGAGAGAAAGAAAGCAAGAAAAAAGAUACAGUAAAUGGGGUCAUGAUUAACUCCAUGGAAAUGCCACGUCUGUUCUUCAGUGAAGAAGCUGGUUUAAAGUCCACACAGAAAACUUUGACUGUAUUUAUUUAUUGUUGCAAAAAAGACGCUUUUUUAUUGCUGCCCUCAUUUGUCAGCUAAUUAUUUUUUCUUAUAAAAUCCAGCCCCGGUUCCAUGUAAUCCAUUCUGUAUCUUAACAUGAUUCCUGUAGGUAAAAGUACAAGAAGACCUCUAGAUGUCUUUUCUUUCUAUGAAAGGAGCUGCUAUGUACACAUGUGCACACACACAGGACUGGGAAUCAACAAGGAGUUUAUCAUUCAUGGUAGAUAAAAACAAGCUUGCAUAAAAGUUGGGCUGAGUGGUCAUGGACUACAGACUCUGUUGCCUUGAAUAUAACAAACAGUACAAUUUGUCAUUUACUCUGCACCAGACUGAACUGAGUAAAAUCUAUUUGAAGGUAUCUUGUUUGUAAACAUUUGUCAGAUUCUAAUUUUUUUUCUUUUGUAUUAAAAUUCAAAAUAUGGAUGUAUAUGAAACAAAAUAAAUGGAGAUCAUUGUUCUCCCCACAGCCGUAGGUGUGUUUGAGUGUGUGCUGCCACGUGUGUGAGACACUUUGGGGGUCUGUGCAGGAGUGUAGGGAGUGCAAGGAGCAGGGUGGGAAUGGCCAGGGAGCUCCAGCCCUGUUAUCCCAAUAGAGCAUUCCCACAGUGGUGCCUGAAGGACUGUGAAGGGCAGGAGGUGUCUGGGAGGCGUCCCUGCCCCCCGGAGCUCAGUGAUCUGUGCCAGUGCUCUGCCAUGUGGAGUUCCACCUGUAAUUGUAUCCCCGGGAGCCUCCGGGGCUGCCUCGUGUUUCCUGUGGGAGCAGCGCUGCCCUGAGAGAUGAACUGGAGCUCAAGAAGAUGCAAAUUGCAGAUGAGGAGGCUUUUCUUUUUCUGUGUGUGACUGACUUCCUCUGGUACCUGUCUGUAGUUCCCAGCCCUGGUUUCUCUGCAGCUCCUCACCCAGCUGACCAGCUUUUGCACUAACUCACAGUCAGCUUCUGUUCUACAGUGGUCUGGGAUUUACCUGAUUUAUGGAUAAGCUCCUUUUGGGUUUAACCUCACACCUUGCUAUGCAAGAACCUCCUCUGUUGUUUUUCUUAAAAAAGAUGUUGCUACUGACCACCCUUUCUUACACUUCCAGCUCAGGUGUUCAGGUUCUUCUGGGGGGAUUUUAUCUACUAAAAACCUGUGUGUUUUUGUACAUAUAAACGUUGUCAUUUAACCUAUCUGUGAAAAUUACUAUUUGUUCAGUGUGGAAACAAUAAUCCAUUUAUGCUUCUGAAAGUCAAAGAAGAGUAGUUGCAUUUAAGUUAUGUUGUCCUUUGAAGUUAAAAAAAAAAAAAAAAAUGCUGCACAUUGUAAGCAUUGUGUUUUAAUGGGACAAGGAAAAAUCUCACCUUUAACAGCACUGGGACAUAUCCUGCAUCUCAUCCCAAUUUCUCAGCAUUUCUGUACUAUUUAUUCAUACCUAAAUCCAUAUUGACAUGAUUUAAACCUUUCAUACCUGUAGGCAAUAGAUUGCUGUUUUUAACAAAUUGUGGCAAACUGAAGAGUACUUUUUUGUACCUUAUAGAACACAUCAUCCUAGACAAAUAAAGUAAUGUGUUUGACAUGGA